AUGCUCCAUGGGUACAUGAAAUCUGGUUUCGUGUACGAUGUUUCAAUAUGCAAUGCUCUCAUAAGCAUGUAUGCUAAGUUAGGAAGACUAGAUUUUGCUGAGAUGAUCUUUAAGCGGAUGGAUAUUAAGGACAUUGUUUCCUGGAAUUCAAUGAUCAAUGCUUAUGGUAUGCAUGGCGAUGGUCAUUCAGCUCUUAGGGUUUUCCACCAGUUGAAGGAUGCUGGAACACCUUUGCCAAAUGCUAUCACAUUUGUGAGUGUGAUAUCAGCUUGCAGUCACUCUGGUUUGAUUUCAGAAGGUUACAAGUGCUUUGAAAGCAUGGGAAGAGACCACAGCAUUGAACCUAGCAUGGAUCACUAUGCCUGUGUAGUUGAUCUGCUUGGAAGGUCUGGGAGAUUUGCAGAGGCUGAAGAAUUCAUCAGGGACAUGCCUGUCCGUCCCAAUUCAUCCAUCUGGGGACCUCUUUUGGCUGCUUGCCAGCUUCAUGGGAAUGUUGAUCUUGCAGAAAAAGCUGCUAAAGAAUUGUCUGCCUUGGAACCGGAGAGUGACAUAUGGAGAGUGUCCUUGUCAAAUAUCUAUGCCUUGGCUGGAAGAUGGAGAGAUGCUGCAAAGAUUAGGACUGAAAUGAGGAGAGUUGGAUUGAGAAAGGAGACUGGGUGGAGUUUUGUAGAUGUUGGAGGGGUUGAGGGUUUUAAGUUCGUGUCAGCAGAUACAAGGCAUCAUGAUGCUGAAAAAAUAUAUUCAGUAUGGCACAGUAUGAACAGGCACAUGGCAGAUCUAGCUGCUGAUGUGCAUAAACUUAGUCCAAUUAGUGCAGUUUAG